AUGGCUAGGAAGAUCGAGUCCAACUGCGACGUCCUCAUCAUCGGUGCCGGGCCGGCGGGCCUCAUGGCCGCGCGUACCCUCGCCGAGUUUGUGGGCCAGGACCCCAACCUCAAAGUCCGCAUCAUCGACAAGCGCUCGACCAAGGUCUUCACCGGUCAGGCCGACGGGUUGCAGCCUCGCACACUCGAGUGCCUCAAGAACCUCGGCAUGGGCCAGAUCUACGAGGCCGCCAACGACAUGACUACCAUCAACCUCUACAACCCUGACGAGAACGGCAUGAUCCAUCGUACCGAUCGCUUCCCGGACACGAUCCCGGGUGUGUCGCGUUAUAACCAGUGUGUUCUGCACCAGGGUAUGAUUGAGCGACACUUCCUCGACUCUAUUCAUGAGGUUUCCAACGGCCGUAUCAACGUCGAACGCCCUAUCCUGCCCGAGUCAAUCGAGGUCGACGAGAGCAAGGCUGACGACCCCGACGCAUACCCCGUCACCGUCAAGCUUCGCUACCUCGCCGAGGACGAGGCUGAGCCGUUGCAGUUUGGCCACAAGGUCAGCAACGGUCUGUUCCGAACCACCCUUACCACCGCUGAGGAUGACGAUGCCGAGUACCGGUUGCCAGAGGGCACUGAAGCUGGCCUCCUUGAGACUGUGCACGCAAAGUACGUGAUUGGGUGCGACGGUGGCCGUUCGUGGGUCCGCCGCAACCUCGGCUUGAACAUGGUCGGCGAACAGACCGACUACAUCUGGGGCGUGGUCGACAUUGUCCCCGAGACCGACUUCCCUGACGUGCGUGCGCGCUGUGCCAUCCACUCUGCUGAGAGCGGCUCCGUCAUGAUCAUCCCCCGUGAGGACAAGCUUGUCCGUUUCUACAUCCAGAUGCAGGAGCGUGCGGACCAGGGUGGUCGUGUCGACCGCUCACAGUUCACGCCCGAGAAGAUUGUCGACUCGGCUCGCAAGAUCAUGGCGCCAUACUAUCUCAACUACUCGCGCAUGGACUGGUUCACAGCGUACCACAUCGGUCAGCGUGUUGCCGACAAGUACAGUGUCGCCGAGCGUGCCUUUAUUGCCGGUGACGCCUGCCACACUCACUCCCCCAAGGCCGGUCAAGGCAUGAACGCUUCGAUGAUGGACACAUGGAACCUCGGGUGGAAGCUCGGUAUGGUCCUCACCAAGCGCGCCAAGCGCUCGCUCCUCAAAACAUACGAGUCGGAGCGCCAACCCUUCGCUCAGGCCCUUAUCGACUUUGACCACAAGUUCUCCCGUCUCUUCUCGGGCAAGCCUGCCAAGGACGUGCUUGACGGCUCGUGCGUCUCCAUGGACGAGUUCAAGGAGGCGUUCAUAAGGAACGGCCUCUUCACCUCGGGUACGGCUGUCGACUAUGACGAGAGUAUCAUCGUUGCCAAGACGGGCAAGAAUGGCAACAAGGUUGCCAGCCACUCGGACCUCGCCAAGAACAUCGCCGUCGGCUGUCGCUUCAAGUCGGAGCAGGUCUGCCGCCACUCCGAGGGCCUGGCCAUGCAGCUCGGUGACCUCCUGUACAUGAAUGGCUCUUUCCGUGUUCUCCUCUUUGCGGGUAACGCCGCCAACCCAGCCCAGAUGGACCGUAUCGAGCGCUUCGCUGCUUACCUCGAUUCGUCCGAGUCGUUCGUUUCGCGCCUCACCCCUUCAGACUGCAAGCGUGACGGUCUGUUCGAGGUCAUCACCAUCCACUCGAACACCCGCGAGGAAAUCGACAUGCAGGAUUUCCCGGCUCCCGCCCUCUACCCGCCCUUUGACUACGACAAGAUCUACGCCGACUGCGAGACCUACCACCGCGGCCACGGGCACGCAUACGACAAGUACGGCAUCGAUCCUAAGCACGGUGCCAUCGUUGUUGUCCGCCCUGACGGAUACGUCGGCAUGGUCUGCGACCUUGAGGACACGGCCGAGCUCGAGACGUACUUUUCCGAGUUCAUGGCUGUUCCCGCCAAGCCUCUUGGUGCCCAGGCGGAGAAGGACUGGACGUUCACAGCCAAGGCCAAGGCCGAGCGCCGGAAGAGGGUCCUCUCUUCCAGCCCCGCCCAGCCUCGGGCCAGCAACAAGGCUUCGUUCGUCCACGUCGAGACCGUGCCGGUCGGCCAAACUGUCUAA